CAACACCAACCAGACCAAAUGGACUCUCCAACCCUCACGGUUGCUUCAGCUCAAGUGGGUGGUGGAGGAAUGAGAAAGAGUUCAACGCUGAUUUGCGCUCCGAUAAUGGCGGAGUCGGUGGCCAAGAUGGUGGUUGAAAUGGGCAGGGCCAAAGCCGUUGGUGCUGACCUUGUGGAGAUUAGAUUGGACCAUUUGAAGGUCUUUGAUUCCAGUGAAGAUGUCAAGACCCUAAUUGACCAAUCACCUUUGCCCACUCUUUUCACUUAUAGACCAAAGUGGGAAGGUGGUCAGUAUGAUGGCGAUGAGAAGAGUAGACUAGAUGCGCUGCGAUUAGCUAUGGAGUUGGGGGCUGAUUACAUUGAUGUUGAGCUUCAGGUUGCUCAAGAAUUUGUUGACUUCAUACGUGAUAAGAAGCCUGAAAAGUUCAAAGUUAUUGUUUCUUCUCACAACUAUCAAGAAACUCCAUCUGUUGAGGCUCUUGGCAAUCUUGUUGCAGCAAUACAAGCCACUGGAGCUGAUAUUGUGAAGAUUGCGACCACUGCCUUGGAUAUCACUGAUGUAGUUCGCAUAUUUCAAAUAACCGUGCAUUCUCAAGUACCAAUAAUAGGACUUGUGAUGGGUGAGAGAGGUUUGAUUUCACGGAUACUUUGCGCCAAAUUUGGUGGUUAUCUUACCUUUGGCACGAUUGAUUCAGGAGCAGUUUCAGCUCCUGGUCAACCUACUAUCAAGGAUAUCUUGAAUCUAUACAAUUUCAGACAGAUAGGGCCCGACACAAAGGUAUUUGGUAUUAUUGGAAAGCCCGUCAGCCACAGUAAAUCUCCUAUUUUGCAUAAUGAAGGAUUCAAGUCAGUAGGUUUCAAUGGAGUUUAUGUACAUUUAUUGGUGGAUGACAUUGCCAAUUUUCUCAAGACUUACUCAUCGGCGGAUUUUGCUGGUUUCAGUGUUACAAUUCCUCACAAGGAAGCUGCACUUAAGUGCUGUGACGAGGUUGAUCCAGUUGCAAAGUCAAUAGGAGCGAUUAAUUGCAUUAUAAGGAGACCAAAUGAUGGAAAAUUAUAUGGAUUAAAUACGGAUUACGUUGGGGCUAUCUCUGCUAUAGAGGAUGGACUGCAAGGUUCACUAAACGGUUCCCAUGUAACUGGUUCUCCUUUAGCUGGUAGGCUCUUUGUCGUCAUAGGUGCUGGAGGAGCUGGCAAGGCCCUUGCUUAUGGUGCAAAACAAAAGGGAGCAAGGAUUGUGAUUGCCAACCGCACCUAUGAUCGAGCCAGAGAAAUUGCAGACACAAUUGGAGGAGAGGCUUUAUCAAUUUCUGAUCUAGAUAAGUUCCACCCAGAGGAUGGCAUGAUUCUUGCAAACACAACAUCUAUUGGAAUGCAGCCCAAAGUUGAUGAGACACCCAUUUCUAAGCAUGCUCUACGAUCUUACACCUUGGUUUUUGAUGCUGUUUACACCCCCAAAAUAACCAGACUCCUGAGGGAAGCAGAAGAGUCUGGUGCCAUAGUUGUUAGUGGCUCAGAAAUGUUCAUUGGACAGGCAUAUGAACAGUUUGAGAGGUUCACUGGAUUGCCUGCACCAAAGGAACUCUUCAGGAAAGUUGUAGAGAGUACCUCUUGAGGUUUGUCACCUCAAGUCGUCAAAUUCUUGCCUGUUCUAUAUGCCCCUAUUAGGCAUGAGAAACAGCGCCUUGUCAGCAGAGCCUUCAGACUCAAAGAGAAGUACACCCCAAGCACCCCUGUUAUUAGUAGUUAGUAGUGGGUGCAUUUGAAUGAGAGAUUAGUGAAUCAUGUGUUUGUAUGAAAUGCCAUUUUUCAAACAAGCUUGAAAUAUAGAGCUCUUUGCGGGAGUGAUAAAUCUUUGUAAACAAUAUUAUUUUGUGCUAUAUUGUGAUUAGAUCAACUCACACUUAAAGAAAAAAGAAGAAGACUCAGUUCAUCUGAUUUUUAC